GUUCUUGACUUCCCUUCCCUUCCUUUAACCGACCGCUAUAUAGAGCCUUUCCUCCCCCUCCUCCUCCCCUCCCUUCCUCCAUCUCCUCUCCUCCCCCGUCCGAGCUCGAUUCAUGACUUGACGACUCGACUGUACCUCUUCCAAUCUUAUGAGGCGCCUUCCGUCGCUGCUCUGAGCCCUUCGAGAUAGCUCCACCACCACCAACCCGCAUAUGAAUCCGACAUAAGAGCAGCUUGUGCCGGCUUCUAGAUUCAGGCCGGCCUCGCGGCCUGGCGAUUCACUAAUCCCAUUAGCUCAAUAUGUCCUCCUCUGAGGGCCCCCGAGGCAACAUGGAGCGGAACGCGGAGCGAAAUAUUGAUAUCUACAGCACCAAGCUGGGCGACGACAAGAUUGAUAUUAAAAUCAGAGCGAAUGUUGCUGUCGAAUUACGGGAUAAUAUCGAACCUCUAUGCUCGGGCGCAAGCUACCCAAUCUUCUUGUCGAAGCUAUGGCCGGUGUUUAAGCACAUCCUGAGGGGCGAGCCCGUGUUCACGAACUUGUCCUUCGAGCAGAAACUACGGAAUUGUAUCCUCGAGACACUGCAUCGAUUGCCAAUGGCGUCUCCCGACGUGGAGCCCUACGCCGACGACAUGGUCGACCUGUUGAUGGAUCUGGUCCGGAUUGAAAACGAGGAAAACGCUGUGUUGUGCAUGAAGACCAUCAUGGACCUCGAGCGCAACCAAGCGAAAGCGACCGCCGCGCGCGUGCAACCUUUCCUCGCGCUCAUUCAGGAGAUGUUCCAGAUGAUGGAGCAGGUGGUUCGGGAUACUUUCGACACACCUAGUCAAGCUACCCCUUCCGUGAUGCCUUCAACGCCAAGUGCAACGGCUCAGACCUUCCAAUCGCCCAGACCGAGCUCCCCCGCCACGUCAGUUUCGGAUCUCGCGCCGGAUCAACAGGCCAACAAUGUGUUACUUAAGGGCAUGCAGUCGUUUAAGGUCCUCGCCGAGUGUCCGAUCAUUGUGGUGUCCAUCUUCCAGACCCACCGGACUUCUGUCGCAACGAAUGUGAAGCUCUUUGUGCCACUGAUCAAGAGUAUCCUUCUGCUUCAGGCUAAGCCCCAGGAGAAGGCACAUACGGAGGCUGCCGCUCAAGGGACGAUAUUUACCGGAGUAUGCAAGGAAAUCAAGAACAGAGCUGCUUUUGGCGAGUUUAUCACAGCGCAAGUGAAGACGAUGAGCUUCUUGGCUUAUCUUCUUCGCAUGUAUGCCCAACAACUGCAGGACUUCCUCCCCACUCUUCCCUCAGUCGUUGUCCGUCUCCUUCAAGAUUGUCCCCGCGAAAAGUCCAGCGCGAGGAAGGAGCUCCUGGUUGCCAUCCGCCACAUAAUCAACUUCAACUACCGGAAAAUAUUCCUCGAGAAAAUCGACGAGCUUCUUGAUGAGAGAACCCUGAUUGGUGAUGGCCUUACCGUUUACGAGACUAUGAGACCUUUGGCAUACAGCAUGCUUGCUGACUUGAUUCAUCACGUACGGGACCAUUUGACGCGUGAUCAGAUUCGCCGAACUGUCGAGGUGUACACCAAGAACCUUCAUGACGACUUCCCUGGAACCAGCUUUCAGACUAUGAGUGCUAAGUUGCUCCUCAACAUGGCAGAGAGAAUAUCCCGGCUAGACGACAAACGGGAGGGUCGCUACUUCUUGGUCAUGAUUCUAGAUGCGAUUGGUGACAAGUUCGCGUCGAUGAACUACCAGUUUGACAAUGCGGUCAAGGUCUCGAAAGCAUACAAGGCCACCCGAAAGGAUCUCGAACCUUCAUCGGAGAGGUAUCUUGCAGAAAGGGAGCACCCGCCUGACUGGGAUGAAAUCGACAUUUUCUCCGCAUCUCCCAUCAAGACUUCCAACCCUCGCGAUCGCGGUGGAGAUCCGGUGUCAGACAACAUUUUCCUGUUCAAGAACCUCAUAAAUGGCCUGAAGAACAUUUUCCAUCAGCUCAAGAACUGCAACCCCGAUCACAUUCAAAUAGAUCCGGCCAGUGUGCCCAUCAACUGGUCCGAGGUUUCUUAUGGCUACAAUGCUGAGGAAGUGCGGGUUAUCAAGAAGUUGUUCCACGAAGGAGCCCGUGUUUUCAAGUACUAUGGGGUGGAUCAGUCCCCUCCGGAGGUUAACUACUCCUCUCCCUUUGACUUUCUUGCUGGCCAAUACACCGCGCCUAUGUCACGCGAAGAGAAGGAGCUCCUGGAGAGCUUCGGAACCGUGUUUCACUGCAUUGAUACCGCUACUUUCCACGAAGUCUUCCACUCUGAGAUACCCUACCUUCACGAGCUUAUGUUUGAACACGGCGCCCUCCUUCACCUGCCCCAAUUCUUCCUGGCUAGCGAAGCCACCUCCCCGGCGUUCUCUGGGAUGGUAUUGCAGUACCUUAUGGACCGGAUCCAUGAAGUGGGCACUUCCGAAAUGACGAAAGCAAAGAUCCUGCUGAGGAUGUUCAAGCUUUCCUUCAUGGCUGUGACACUAUUCUCCGUUCAAAAUGAACAAGUGCUACACCCUCAUGUUACCAAGAUUGUCACCAAGUGCAUAGAGCUUUCGGUGACUGCCGAGGAGCCAAUGAACUAUUUCCUCCUACUGCGGUCGCUCUUCCGCAGUAUUGGUGGUGGCCGGUUUGAGCUCCUAUACAAGGAAAUCUUGCCUUUGCUAGAGAUGCUCCUAGAAACGUUCAAUAACCUAUUGCUUGCUGCCCGGAAACCACAAGAGCGCGAUCUCUACGUCGAGCUUACACUCACAGUUCCUGCUCGCCUGAGCCAUCUGCUGCCCCACCUCAGCUACCUCAUGCGCCCUAUUGUAGUGGCAUUGCGUGCAGAUUCGGACCUUGUAGGUCAAGGUCUGCGGACUCUUGAACUUUGUGUCGACAACCUCACAGCCGACUACUUGGACCCGAUCAUGGCACCCAUUAUGGAUGAGCUGAUGACUGCGCUGUGGGACCAUCUGCGGCCGCAUCCAUACAAUCAUUUCCACGCUCAUACGACCAUGAGAAUCCUGGGCAAGCUUGGCGGUCGCAACAGAAAGUUCCUGAACCACCCUCCUGAUCUUUCCUUCGAGCAAUUCGCCGAUGACACGCCGAGUUUCGAUAUCAAGCUUGUCGGACCGAGCGAGAAGCGGCCUUUCCCUGUGGAGAUCGGCGUCGACUUGGCAAUUGGAAAGUUGAUGGAAGCCAAUAAGACACCCACGGCUAAAUCAUCGGAUAUCUACUACAAGCAACAGGCCUUCCGGAUGCUUUCGUCGCAGCUGAAGCUCUACAUUGGAUCCGAGAAUCUCCCGGAGGACCUGGCAUCCCUCAUACGUCUACACGCGAACGAUCUUUUCGAGAGCAAGACCACGGCUAUGCCCGACAUCCUCGAGCGAUCGGAGCGGUCCAGUUCCAUCACUAAGAAGCUGACCCAGGAGGGCUCAAUGAAGAAACUCCUCAAAGCUUGUAUCUUCGCGACCACCAUCCCAGAGCUUGAGCAGACUGCAAGCGCCUUCGUGGCUGAUGUGUGUAAACACUUUGCUGUUGUGGAAGUUGGACGUGCUCUUGCCCAAGCGAGACACACUCGCAGGCCUUUCGAUGUCAGCAAUGGUGAAGGCCCGGUGUAUCUUGACUCACGGGUCCUGGCCGAAGCUUUGGUCGAAUCCUUGUCAUCUGAUAACGCUGAGGUCCGGGAUGGUGCUCAGGCAGCAAUGCAGGUCAUGAAGGAUGCGGCCGGUAUCAUCUUCGGAACUCCCGAGCGCGUCGCAAAGCUACCAUUUUUCCAGCAUCUUGGCCGUGUGUUCUGCCACAGCUGUCAUAGCGAAGAGUGGUUUACUAAGGCUGGGGGUAGUCUCGGCAUCCAUAUCUUUGCGACGAAGCUGGACCUGGGGGAUUCAUGGCUUCUGGACAAGCAAGUUGAAUUUGUUAGAGCAUUGAUGUAUGUCAUCAAGGAUACGCCCUGUGACUUACCGGCCAGCACGCGAAUUAGGGCGCAGGAGACGCUGGAUCUCAUCCUGCGCCGAUGCUGCAAGAGCCUGUCUUUGGAUGACCUGAAGAACGAGAAGAGUCGCAUGUAUUCUUUGUGUGGUCACUUCGUCUACGAACUCUCACAUAUGAACAAGCAGGUCCGCGAGGCUUCGCGCCGCAGCUUCUCCACCAUUGCUCAGGUGCUGGGUUGUCAGGUACAUGAGCUCAUCCUGCCAGUGAAGGACCGCCUCUUGCAGUCCAUCUUUAACAAGCCGCUCCGUGCCCUGCCAUUCCCCACGCAGAUCGGCUUCAUCGACGCCAUCACGUACUGCUUGAGCCUUCAUAACAAUAUUGUGACUUUCAAUGAUCCACUCAACCGGUUGAUGCUGGAGUCUCUUGCUUUGGCUGAUGCUGAUGACGAGUCUCUCGCCUCCAAGCCAAACGAGUUCAAGAAUGCGGAGAUGAUUGUCAAUCUGCGUGUCGCUUGUCUCCGUCUCCUGUCAAUGGCCAUGAGCUUCCAGGAGUUCGGCAAUACUCCACAGAACACGAGCCGCGCACGCAUCAUCUCUGUAUUCUUCAAGUCACUGUAUUCGCGGUCGCCCGAGGUUAUUGAGGCCGCCAAUGCGGGUCUUCGGGACGUGCUCACACAGACGAACAAGUUGCCGAAAGACUUGCUCCAAAAUGGUCUUCGCCCUAUUCUGAUGAACUUGCAGGAUCCCAAGCGGUUGAGCGUUGCGGGGCUUGACGGUCUUGCGCGGUUGCUGACAUUGCUCACCAAUUACUUCAAGGUGGAAAUUGGAGCUCGUCUUCUGGACCACAUGAAAGUCAUUGCAGAUGAUGCAGUCCUGCAGAAAGUGUCCUUCAGCCUCGUUGAGCAAAGUCCGCCGAUGAAGAUCGUUGCCGCCAUCUUCAACAUCUUUCACCUCCUGCCACCGGCUGCAACUUCUUUCAUGGAGCACCUGGUGAACAAAGUGUUGGACCUCGAAGACAAGCUCCGCAGGACGUCCAAUAGUCCUUUCCGGAAGCCUUUGGUCAAGUAUCUUAAUCGGUAUCCCAAAGAUAGCUUGACCUUUUUCCAGAGUCGUUUCAAGGACGAGCGAUUUGGACGAUUCUUUGGUCAAGUCUUGGCAGAUCCAGAAAGCGAGGCGCUUCGUUCUGCGGUAGUUGCGGACACUGAGAGUUUCAUGAAUGCUGCUUUCGGACAAGAAUCCACGGAUGGCAAGAACACUGCCGCCAUCAACGGUAUCUACGUGGCCCACUCCAUUUGUAUGUAUGAUGCUACCAAGCGCUGGUUGGUCUCACAUGCGGAUCUGAGGACUAAGCUCUUGAGCUCGGGUCGCGACCUGGAGAAGAAGCUGCGUAACGAUAAGCUGCCAGCCAACGAGCGGCUGAGAGUCGAACAAGCAGAGGACCAAUUGAUGGAUAUCUUCACCAAGUAUCUCACAGAAUCUGUGCAAGAUCUGGACUUCCUGUUCGAGGUCAUGGACGGCCUGUCUGCGGAUGAACUGAAACGGACGCUCUCGUUCCCGAAGUUCAUUUUCCGUCAUAUCAUCACAAAUGAAUCUAUCGACUACCGUCGCUCCGUGAUUAUGCGGUGCCUGGACCUCUACAGCCAGCGAGCAUGUUCCCAGAAGAUGAAGACAUACGCCUUCCGUCACCUGGUCAACCCUAUCUUUGCCAUGGACGUUCAGACAACGUGGAAUAGCCCGCCCAACAGUCCUAAGCUAAUGGACAAGAGCAUGACUGAGUUCAUCCAGAGCCGCUUGUGGAAGCCCCAGCUGGCUGAUCUGAGCGAGGAAUCGAACCAGGCCGGUGUUGACCACUCGCGCAUGGAACUCCUGCAGCUCUCUGCUUUGUUGAUCAAGUAUCAUCAUCAAACCGUGCAGGAUUCACGCAAGGACAUCAUCAAGUUCGCCUGGAAUUACAUCCGACUUGAAGACAUCAUCAACAAGUACGGGGCUUACGUCCUCAUCAGCUACUUCAUCGCGCAUUACGAGACACCUUUCAAGAUCGUGGUGCAGGUCUACGUGGCUCUGCUGAGAGCACACCAGAACGAGGGCAAAGCUCUUGUGACUCAGGCUCUUGAUGUUUUAGCACCUGUAUUACCCACUAGGACCUACAUGGCAAACAACAACGCUCAGGUACAAGAUCCACGGUACCCUCUGUGGGCUAAGUGGCCUCGACGCAUCCUGGCCGAAGAAACGGCGAACCUGCAACAAGUUAUGUGCAUCUUCCAAUUUCUCGUGAGGCAGCCGGACCUCUUUUAUGACUCUAGGGAGCAUUUCGUUCCUCUUAUUGUCCCAUCCCUUAUCAAGAUUGCUUCCCCUAUGAGUUCUUCCAACGAAAGCAAGAAGCUGGCGCUCAACCUAAUUAGUCUCAUCUGGCACUGGGAGGAAAAGCGUGUUAAAGCUAGCUCUACCCCGAUGCCCAACGGCGUUCAUGAUUCCCCAAAUACCAAGAAGCGCAAAUUGGAGGAAGCUCAGAGCACUGCCUCUCCUUCGCCUGCAACUGGAUCGUCACGGGACUAUUUGGUCCCUCAGGAUCUGCGUGCUGCGCUGACUAAGUAUCUUAUCUCCUUCAUCACGACAAUCGCAGAGAGGUAUCCAGUUCCUGCUUCUCGAAUCCGCGAGCUUCCCUCUUCCAAGGUGCCGCAGCCUGCGCCAGUGCCCACGGGUGAUAUGGUCAAAAAGGCUGUGCAUCUGCUGAGGAACCUUUUAUCUCAAGAAUACUGGGCCGACUUGGACAUUGAACUGUACCAAAAGGUCACAGAGCCGAUUCUUGCGGGCGAGAAGGCGGACAAGCCUGAAGAGAAGCAUGUUACUAGCAUGGUGAAUGCUUUGCAGGUCGUACGAGUGCUCCUAGCUUCCAAGCCGGAUGACUGGAUCAUGGCGCGCUUGCCACUCAUCCAGAAGCUUUUUGAGAAGCCCUUGCGUUCGGACAAUCCGGAAAUUCAGGACUGCCUGCAUGGGGAAGAGGAUGAGAUCGAUAUCUCUCCCAAGCUUUUGCCUCCUGUCAGACGGGUCUUGGAUGCUCUUCCGGACGAUCAACCCGAAGAGGAGGAUGCUAUGGACGUUGAGAACUCGCCGUCUGAGUUCGUCACCUACCUGUCGGCCAUUGCUACUGAAACUCUAUCGAGCAACAACCAUGUUUCUAGUCUGAAUGUUCUCUGGACUCUUUCCAAGAACAAACCGGCUGAGAUGGACACCCAUAUCCCCCAAGUUAUGAAAGCCUUCUCGCAGAAAUUGGCCAAAGAACAUGUUGCAGCUUCCACUGCCAACCAAGGACAGUAUACUCCAGGAACCAAGCCUCCGGAAGGGGUCCCAGACCAGCAAGAAUAUGAGCUUGGUGUGGAUCUGAUCUUCAAGACCAUCGAGCUGAUCUCUGUACGCAUGUCUCACCUUGGAGAGCAGAGACGUCCUUUCCUGAGCGUCUUGGCGCAGUUGGUUGAGCGGUCCCAGAACAUCAAGCUUUGCAGCAAAGUGUUGGGUAUGGUUGAGAGCUGGAUUUUCCACUCGACCGAGUCGUGGCCCACGCUUAAAGAAAAGACUGCUGUCUUGCACAAGAUGUUGCUGUUCGAAUCGCGACAGGACCAGACCAUGUUGAAGAAGUUCCUCGAUCUUGUUAUCAGGAUUUACGAGGAUUCGAAGAUAACUCGAACGGAACUAACGGUCCGGCUGGAGCACGCUUUCUUGAUCGGAACUAGAGCACAGGACGUUGAGAUGCGGAAUCGCUUUAUGAACAUCUUUGACCGCAGUUUGACCCGUUUGGCUAGCUCCCGUCUCAGUUACGUGUUGACUUGUCAGAACUGGGACACCCUGGCAGACUCAUUCUGGCUGGCGCAGGCCGCUCAUCUGGUCCUGGGCUGCGUUGAUAUGGGUUCCUCGGUGAGGUUGCACCCUGAUGACUUCACUGUCUACCCCGUGUCUUUCCUCUAUGGCAAUGCCGACAAGGACGCAAGGAAGGCGGACGUUAUGGUGGACAUUCAACUGGAAGCCUUUGUAUCUGAGCGCAAGCGGUUCAUAGGUGAAAUUGGCGACGUUAAAGCGCGUGACUUGAUCGAGCCACUGUGUCAACUCCAACACACCGACCCCAAUGUGUCAUACAAACUCUGGACGACCCUGUUCCCCAUCUUCUGGUCUACUCUUUCCAAGGAAGACCGCAUCGAUCUGGAAAAGGGCAUGGUCACUCUUAUCACGCGUGAAUACCACCAAAGACAACUUGACAAGAGGCCGAACGUCGUCCAAGCUCUACUUGAGGGCGUGGUGCGCGCUACGCCCCGCUUCAAGAUCCCCCCGCAUGUGAUGAAGUAUCUCAGCCGAACUUACGAUGCGUGGUAUACGGCUGCCACGUAUCUCGAGGAGACUGCCAUCAGCCCUAUCAUUGAUACACCUACGGUGCGCGAGAGCAACCUUGAUGCUUUGGUGGAGGUUUACGCAGGGUUGCAGGAAGAUGACUUUUUCUACGGUACUUGGCGACGCCGUUGCAAGUUCGUGGAGACCAACGCCGCUCUUUCUUAUGAACAACAGGGAAUGUGGGACAAGGCUCAGCAGCUCUAUGAGAAUGCUCAGAUCAAGGCUCGCUCCGGAGCCAUGCCGUUCUCGCAGGGCGAAUAUUACCUCUGGGAGGACCAUUGGCUCAUCUGCGCACAGAAGUUGCAACAAUGGGAGAUCCUCAGCGACUUUGCCAAGCACGAGAAUCUGAACGAUCUUCUCUUGGAGUCGGCUUGGAGGAACAUUGAGAACUGGCAGAGCGAGGGCAGCCGAGAGCAGCUCGAAUCUCUCAUCAAGUCUGUUUCCGACGCGCCAACUCCCAGACGCACCUUUUUCCAGGCGUUCAUGGCGCUGCUUCAAUUCCACAUCAAGAAGGAGAACAUCCAAGAGUUCAACGGUGUCUGCGAUGAGUCAAUUCAACUCUCCAUCCGGAAGUGGCUUCAGCUUCCGAAGAGGAUUACGAACGCCCAUAUCCCAAUCCUGCAGCACUUCCAACUGCUGGUAGAGCUUCAUGAUGCCAGCCAUAUUUGCGCCAGUCUUUCGCAGACCAACGAGCGUAACCUCGAUACCAAGUCCGCGGAGUUGAAGCUGCUCUUGGGGACCUGGAGAGAUCGUCUGCCCAACCUCUGGGACGAUAUCAACGCCUGGCAAGACCUUGUUACGUGGCGACAGCACAUCUUCCAGCUCAUCAAUGCGACAUACCUGAGUCUUCUGCCCCCGCAGACGAACAAUGUGGCGAGCAAUUCGUAUGCUUAUCGAGGCUACCACGAGACAGCGUGGAUCAUCAACCGCUUCGCCCAUGUUGCUCGCAAGCACCAAAUGCCCGAAGUGUGCAUCAACCAGCUCAGCCGUAUCUACACCCUUCCGAACAUUGAGAUUCAGGAAGCUUUCUUGAAGCUGAGAGAACAAGCCAAGUGCCACUACCAGAAUCCCAAGGAGUUGAACAGUGGAUUAGAUGUCAUCAACAACACGAAUCUCAACUACUUUGGUGCUCAGCAAAAAGCCGAGUUUUACACCCUCAAGGGUAUGUUCCUUGCCAAACUCAACCAUGUCAAUGAGGCGAACGAGGCAUUUGGUGUGGCCCUCUACUACGAGUUGAGACUCGCCAAAGCCUGGUCGGAGUGGGGACAGUACAGUGAUCAACGGUUCAAGGCUGACCCCACGGACUACGAGCUCGCCAGCAACGCCGUCAGCUGCUACCUGGAGGCUGCCGGUCUAUACAAGAACGCGAAGUCGAGAAAGCUGCUCAGUCGGAUCCUCUGGCUUCUUAGCCUGGACAACGAAGAAGGGCAGAUUGCGCGUGCAUUUGAAAGUUUCAAGGGAGAUACUCCGGUUUGGUAUUGGAUUACGUACAUACCACAACUCCUUACCAGCUUGUCGCACCGCGAAGCUCGUUUGUGCAAGGCUGUUCUGGUCAAGAUUGCGAAGCUGUUCCCACAAGCCUUGUUCUUCCUGCUUCGCACGAACCGGGAAGAUAUGCUCAAUAUUAAGAAGCAGCACGACCAGAAGCAGGAGAAACUUAAUCGGGUCAGGCAGCAGCAGCAGCAACAGCAGCAGCAGGCUUCUCCGCGUCCCAAGGCUUCGCCAGCAACCGCCUCCCCUCUGCAGAACUCGCAAUCAGCCAACCCCAGUCCUCCGACUUCUGUGCCCGCCCCAAGUGGCCAACAGGCUGUACAGAACCAGGCUCAGCCCCAACCACAAACAACGCCAGGCCAGGUCCCGAACGCAGGCCAGGUUAACAACCAAAACGGACCACAGCAGACCCCUGUUCAAGGCCAGGGUCAGGUCCAAGCUCCUGGUCAAGGACAAGUUCCCAACCAAGGACAGCCCCAGAUUCAGCCACAAGGCCAGCAAGGCCUUCUGCAAGUUCCCGGACAAAAUGGAGUGGCCCAACCGAACCAGAAUGCUGCUGGUGCGGAAGUCGAGAAGGAGCCGCUCAAGAAGCCCUGGGAGUACUCGGACGAGAUCAUGUCUGGCCUCAAGACCGCUUUCCCUUUGCUGGCUUUGUCAAUGGAGACCAUGGUCGACCAGAUCCACAAGAAUUUCAAAUGCCCACCGGACGAGGAUGCCUACCGUCUUAUUGUUGCGCUGCUGAACGAUGGGUUGGCGUACGUUGGCCGCAUGCCAGGCUCUUAUGCGCAAGACUUCAAGCUGCCUCCUGCGACCGAAGCCAAUAUCACGCGCUUUGCCGAGACCAUCCUUCCUGCGCACAUCCGCAAGUCCUUCGAGGCAGACUUUGUGGUUAAGAAGCCCACUAUGUACGAGUACAUCCAGAAGCUGCGUCGUUGGCGUGACAAGUUCGAAGAGAAACUCGACCGCCGGCCUCAGUCACAAUUCUUGGAGACGUAUUCUCCGCACCUGAGUGAGUUCCGCUUCCUCAAGUUUGAUGAAGUGGAGGUGCCGGGCCAGUAUCUUCUGCACAAGGACAAGAACCAGGAUUUCGUGCGCAUCGAUCGCUUCUUGCCCGAUAUCGAUCUGGUGCGCGGUAUCGGAGUCUGCCACCGUCGCCUGAAGAUCCGCGGCCACGACGGUAGUGUGCAUCCAUUUGCCGUCCAGCAUCCCGCCGCCCGGCACUGCCGACGUGAGGAACGCAUCCUGCAGCUGUUCCGCAUUUUCAACGGGUUAUUGGGCAAACGCAAGGAAAGUCGGCGUCGCAACCUGUACUUCCAUCUGCCGCUCAUGGUCCCACUGGCGCCUCACAUCCGCCUGGUCCGGGAUGACCCAUCCUACAUUUCCAUGCAGGGCAUCUACGAGGACUAUUGCCGACGGGUUGGCAUCAAUAAGGACGAGCCGGUCAUGUUUACGAUGGAGAAGAUGCGGUCGCUGGCUGAAACGAAACAGAACCGCACCAACGAUCAGCAGCAGGUCCUGCGGACCGAGAUGCUCACAGCGAUCCAGGAGAAGUGGGUUCCUAGCACAAUUGUGCUGGACUACUUCCAGCGGAUGUACCCGAACUUUGCGGACUUCUGGCUGUUCCGGCGGCAGUUUGCCUAUCAAUAUGCGGCGAUUGCGUUCAUGACCUACGUGAUGCACAUGGGCAACCGGUACCCCAACAAGAUUCUGAUUUCGCGGUUGACCGGUGACAUCUGGGGCUCGGAGCUGAUCCCUACGAUCAACCCGACCAAGGCAUUCUUCUACAACCCCGAGCAGGUGCCGUUCCGCUUCACGCCCAACAUCCAGACUUUGCUGGGACCGAUCGCCACGGAGGGGCUGUUUGCGUGCGCGUUGAUGGCGAUUGCCCGCUGCCUCACGGAGCCGCGACACGAAUUGGAGCAGCAGCUCAGCGUGUUCGUUCGCGACGAGAUGAUGUUCUGGGCGACGGCACAGCAUCGGGCGCCCCUGGGACCGCCGCAGCUGCGUGACCUCGUGUACAACAACAGCGACGUCAUCGUCAACCGGGCCGUCAGCCUUGCCAGUCCGCCGGAGGGUAACCUGCCCGCCAAUCAAACCACCAUUGAUUUGAUCUCCAAGGCGGUGAACCCGCAGCAUCUGGCUGCCUGUGAUGCACUCUGGAUGCCGUACCUGUAAAGCCGUUGUUUUCCUGUAUUUGGCGUUUGUUCGGCUGGGGCUUCAGCCAGGUAGUUUCAUUCUAGCGUGGCGCUCUGGGGAAUAUGGGAUCGAUUAGGACUGCUACUUGCUAUUUGCUACUGUUUAUUGCUAUAUGCAUUUCUGGUGUAUGAUAUUUAAUAUGAGCUGUU